AAAUCUGCUACAAAAUGCAAGAUGACUUUGAAAGUGCGAAAAAAAGUGUGCUUCUUCUCUUUCUCACGUGUCCGUUCAUCAAUGCAAGCAAUCUCCAGGCGCGCAGCUUUAAGGAGAGGGGUUCGUCUUACGGUCGUUCAUCACUUUUAUCUCCAGAUUUGUCAAACCAAAAAAACCUGCAACGCCUUUUUUUUUUUGGCACCCUAUUCAUUGAACCCAACCUUAGCCGCAUUGUCACCCUUGUUAACACGGCAAAAGGGCUCAACCAAAGUGAGCGCCGGUUUCCUGUUUCGUCUCUGUCUUAUUACAUGCGUAACCACAUCCUAACCGCGCAACGCCUGUCUUCGGCAGCAGUAGCAACCAACUCGGGCUCUUGCACAUUUCUGGCAACAACGAGAACAAGCCGGCCCUUGUCAACAACUGUUCCGACCUGGGCAUCAAAACCCAGGCCGUCGCCCGAAUCGGGACAGAAACUCAAAAGACCAUUCCCCAUCACGCGAAAUACCAGCGUCAUUGGCCGUCCUACUUCAACCGCAACCAGCGGCGCCUACGCGAUGGAUCCCACCUCGGCUGAUGUCGUCGACGACGCCAUCGCAGACCAGCUUGAGGACAAGGCCGUGUCGUCUGCUUCAUUACGACACGGUGGUCGUCGCGGCAGAGACGGCGGCCGGGGCGGCGAACGGGGCAGAGGAAGGCGGGAAGUGGACCUGUCGAAGGCGCUGUCGAGGCUGCUGAGGCACCAGGCGACGAAUGCGGGGAUCGAGCUGGAUCGGGAAGGCUUUGCCAGGUUGGACAAAGUGCUCCAAUGGCCGCCACUCCGGUCCCUCGCGCCCACCUUUCCCGAGAUCCUCGACGCGGUCCACAACUCGGAAAAGAAGCGCUUCGCCAUCAAGCCGAACCCGGCCACCAACCCGGACCUCGACGAGACCUCCACCGAGCCCUCCCACUGGCUGAUCCGCGCCAACCAGGGCCACUCGAUCAAGCUCGACAGCGAGCACCUCCUCCGGCCGCUCGCGCUGCCCUCGCCGGGCGGGGGCGGGCUGCCGGAGGGUGCCGUCGCCGUGCCGCCCGUCGUCGUCCACGGGACCUACUUCGCCUACUGGCCCGCCAUCGUCGCCAGCGGCGGGCUCCGGCCCAUGGGGCGCAACCACGUGCACUUCAGCACCGGCCUGCCCGAGGACACGGACGCGGGGGUCAUCAGCGGGAUGCGCCGCGACGCCGAGCUUCUCGUCUACGUCGACGUGGCCGCCAGCCUGCGCGACCGCGACGGCGGCGGCAUCCGCUGGUGGAUGAGCGACAACGGCGUCGUCCUGACCGAGGGCGACGCCGACGGCCUCGUCCCGCUCCGCUACUUCAAGGAGGUCGUCGGGCGCCGCCAGGGCGUCGGCCUCCUGUGGAAGGACGGAGAGAAGGUCGCCGACCUGCCCGAGGGGUUGAAGGUGAGGGCGCCACAGGGGAAGAGGGGAGGUAGCGGCGGCGGCGGCGGUGGUAGUGAGGCCGGGAGAAGAGGGAAGGGGAGAGGACGAGGUUAGAGCCAAGGUUAGCUAGGUUAAAUGCAGCAGUACGAUUCGAUUCAGAGCUGAGACAUUCAUAGCAGCGAACCAAACUAUCUGAGGAGGAGGAGGAGAAGAAGAAGGAAAAUGUCCAAUCCUUCGAUUCGCAAAGCUACCUAGGCAUCGCAUAUUGCCGAUAUCGUUCGUCGCUGUCGUCUUAAACUAUCCCCUCAGCACCACCUCUACGAGAACCACUCCACCUUCCGACCCAAAGAAACAUCAACCACCACAAUCCUCAUGGAAAUCCUAAUCCCU